CCCUACCAUUUCUCAAAGAGAUACCAAUCUGUUUGGUUAGCCGAGUGAGAAUGUCUGACCGGAUCUUCUAUAUACACUCCAACUUAUCCUUUGUUCCCUGGGAGGGCAGUACCGCAGCAGCUGCAGCUCCCACUUCUCCCCCUACACCUGGUCACUACCAUGUCCUCUACCGAGGUUGUGGAGAGACUCAGGUGGGCUGGCAUGGGGAGACUUACUGCCUAGUUGGUGGUUACCGGGCAUAUGGGGAUGCUCCUGUGGCCUCCUUGGAAAAGGCAGAAGCAGAGAAACCGGUUUCCAGCCGAGCUCCCAAGAGGCACCAUGCCCCGGAAAAGCCUGACAAAGAGCUGGGGGCCACCAGUCCCAAAGUCCUGCGGCGAUGGCACCACGGGGGGAGGAGUCUUCCCAGCCAGAAGCACUCGGGCCAGGCAGCUUCCUAGAGAUGACAUUUCCCCAGGAUUAAGUCAGUAGCCCUCAGUGCUGUGACCUCCCCCUUCUACUGCUCAUCAGUGCAGUUAGAACACUGAGCCUAGACUUCUGCUUAUGCUUCCCCUCUAACCAGAAGACCCUCUCCCACUGAACCUGAUUAUAGAGAGGGGACAUGAUGGACUACGGUUUGAAAUGAGGGGCUGCCUUGCAUAUCUCAGGGCAGGGGAGCUAUCCUGAAGCAAUUGUUUACUUCCUGAAGGAACCUGGCUCCUCUCUGCUGGGUUCUGUUCUGCUCUUAGGGAUCUAGCUUCCCAGUGGAGGAAAAAGACACUAGCAUCAUCACUGGACUAGAAAGACCAGUACUGAGACAAAGCAGCAUGGGAAAAGGGAGAACUAAGAGAAGACCCUGAGAGCUGCCUUUUCCCCGGAGUCUCUGCCGGCUACCGCUGACCAAGGUCCAAAGUUGGGGCCAAGGCUGCGAAAGGAGGGGAAGGAUCAAGAGGCUACUAACAUCCCUGGUUCAGAAAGGAGAGAGCCUCAAGGUAAUGAGGAUGCAGUUGCAGCUGCCUUUAAAAACUCAGCUCAGAAGACCUAGAGCAACAGGAGAUGGGGAUGGCCUCUCCAAAAACUGCUGGGGUGGCCUGUCCUGACAGCCUGAAAGGGGCAAAGAAAGAAAAGGCAAGCCAUUCCCAGCACCUGUCUAGAGCCUUCCUCUCCCUCCUGCCAAGGAGUCCUCCUCAGGUCACACCUGGGGAAGGAAAGGUCCAAAGGAUGAGGUAGCCUUCUGUUCCUCUUCAGCCCAAAGGACCACAGAGCCAGGGAGGGAGAAGCCUGGCCAAGAGGGUGUCGAUGUUACCUCCACUAUGUUAUCUCCGCUAUGUUCCCCCAACUCUCAGACCUCCUCUGGCCCCACAUAAGUGGAACUCAAUAAACAGUAUUUUGUGAGAGGUGGGGCAUUUGUUCUAACCAGCCUUGGUGUCCAGACCACCUUCCAUGCACAAGGGACAUUCCCACUGCAGAAAACUUGGG